UCGCUUCGCUGUUCUGUUGAGAGUUUUCUUUGAUUCUUUCACUAAUUUCUCCGUAAGAUGGCUCGUACCAAGCAAACCGCUCGUAAAUCGACUGGAGGUAAGGCUCCACGCAAGCAACUGGCGACCAAGGCAGCUCGUAAGAGCGCGCCUGCAACCGGAGGCGUGAAGAAACCCCAUCGCUACAGGCCUGGAACCGUUGCUCUUCGUGAAAUUCGAAGAUAUCAGAAGAGUACCGAGCUUCUGAUCAGAAAGCUGCCCUUCCAGCGUCUGGUUCGUGAAAUCGCUCAGGACUUCAAGACCGAUCUCCGGUUCCAAAGCUCUGCCGUGAUGGCUCUUCAGGAAGCCAGCGAGGCUUAUCUUGUUGGCCUGUUCGAAGAUACCAAUCUUUGCGCUAUCCACGCCAAGAGAGUAACGAUCAUGCCCAAGGAUAUUCAGCUUGCUCGUCGUAUCCGCGGUGAAAGAGCUUAAAUUACCUAGAACUUGAUUGUUUGAAAUUUGCAGAGGUGAAAACACCGGCCCUUUUCAGGGCCCCAAUUUUCUCAAACCAGGAACCACACACCAAAUAAACUACAAAUAUGAUACGAGCGUAUCCUGCUUCAAGUUUUAUAAAUUUAGAAUCUUCAAGUUAACUUUUAUUUGAAUCUGUCUCUGUUUUGAUAGAUACUGUAGGUUAUAUUAAUGUCAUGAAAAGCAAUUAAACUAAAAUUAAAUUUA